AUGGCAACUAAACUAAUCAAACCACUAAGACUACUACUACUUGGAGCCCCAGGUGCUGGAAAGGGAACUCAAACUUCAAGAUUAUUAGAGAAGUUUCCGCAGCUCAACUCCGUAUCUUCAGGUGAUUUACUGCGUCAACAAAUCAAGGAUAAGACACCGUUAGGUUCUUUAGCAGCUUCUUACAUUCUGGAAGGGAAACUCCUACCGGAUGAAUUGAUUACGAGGUUGGUCAAAGGUCACCUUUCAGAUGCUGGAUGGCUUUCCCCACAGGCUAGCUGGCUACUCGAUGGCUUCCCCCGAACUGUGGAGCAAGCAACAAUGUUGAAAUCAGCAUUGGCCAAAAGUGAUACCAGUUUGACUAUGGUUGUGGAUUUAGAUGUCCCUGAGAGCGUUAUACUCGAGAGGAUAGAGAAUAGGUAUGUUCAUGUGCCUAGCGGAAGAGUUUACAACCUUCAAUACAAGCCACCAAAAGUUCCCGGAAAGGACGACAUUACAGGAGAACCAUUGACCAAGAGACCAGAUGAUACGGCUGAAGUCUUCGGUAAGAGACUCGCCGAGUAUCAUAAAACAGCGGCUCCUCUAAGAGAAUUUUACGCCAAGAGAGGUAUUUUGAAGACAAUUUCUGGAGAGACCUCGGAUAUCAUUACACCAAAACUUUUCCAACUCAUCGAGAGCCAAUAUGGGGUCAAUUGA